UAGCAGAAGCUUCCUCCACCAUUUCGCUCCCUCUGAUGUCUCCUCCCCACAGCUGUUAGAAACAGCAAAUCGGCCCGCGCUGUCGUGUUUCGUACUUUCCCUGUUCCCACCGUCCCACGGGCACCUCGCUGGGUACCGAGAGGCAGUUUGGAGUAUCCCCGUCACGGAUUGAGUGCGAUUUCAGUCGGAUGGCGGCUCCUUCAUCGACUUUUUAGUGAAAGAAAACGGCACGGAAUUUUCAGAAGCAGAGGAGACCUUUAACUCAGCAUCCUGGAAGUGGAUAGCGCAGAGGAAAUUGGUCCUACACCACAGACAGGAGCAGUGUGUUGUGGCGGCAGGACCAAAGGAGGAAGUUUUGGGGAGGCGGCAGUGCAGCAGCCUCCCCCCACGGCUGUGGCUGUGCUGGGUGGUGACCCCCCGGUUGCCCAGAAUGUGGCCGGGUCAUCCCAGCAUGCCCUGCAGCCGGCCACAGCUGCCCUCCCCUCACCAUUGUCCGCCACCUCCUUUUCACAGCGAGAGAACUCCACAGACACACACACCAAGGGACAAACACCUACAGAGAUUCACGGAAACGGCAAAACUAAGGACAACAGCACAGAAGAGCCCCUUUUGGAUACUGGCACUGACAAUUUUCAGAGAAGAUUGGCUACCUCUUGGUUCAAGGACUCCGCUAGUCCUGCAUAUUCACAGUCAGGACAGUGUUUUCUGGGCAGAUUUGUGGACACACAGACGUAUAUUGCACAGUCAACAAUCGUUUUGCAUAGGUCAGACACAGGUAGCUAUUCUGACAGAGAAACAAGUUGGCCAGAGGAAAUAUCUGCUCAUUCAGACAAAGAUAAGAACUGGCAGGAGAGAGCUACUGGGCCAGGGGGUGAUAAACAAGAAGGAAAAGGGCAGAAGCUCCCAGAAGGGGCAAUACCAGGGCACAGAGGCGAGAGUGCAGAUUCAGAGGCAUUGGGAAGAGAGGGCACAAUCAGAAAAGGUCCAUCUCUUAAUUUUAACCAAUCUGUUUCAGUUGACUUCCCUUUGGAGAUCAGCUAUUGUACAGGUACAGGUAUUGACUACAAGGAAGCUAAAUACAUGGAUCAUUCCCAAACUGCCCCGCUGGCUCAAACAAAUGAGGCAAGCCAUCACCCUCAGUCCGACUGCAAGGAAGGAGAGGUCUUUAGUCCAAAUUUUGAGGGGCCACCCUCUCCAUUGGCUGACACUGACAUCUCACAGAUUGAACGACCAGAACCCCCUGCAGAGCCCAAAAUUCAUACAAAGACUGUGGAUGAUAGUGAAAGAGAGAAAGGGCGAGUAUGUAGAGAAAUGGAAGAAGUGGGACCACAGUCAACAGAAUCAAGAGAGGGGCAGUGUGAGCAAUCCACAAAUACAGCCGAUGGUCAACAUGUUAGCUUUGGGGAACAUUCCCGUUGCCUUACGCAACCACAUCAGCCCGGAGGCUCAUUCACAGAAGGGUCUUCUCCAGUUUCUGAGAAAGAUAUGCAUGAAAUUCCAAAAACAAGAGACCUUCCAUUCAAACCACACCACAUCGUGGGGAAUGGAGCAUCCCUCCUCCAUGAUACAGCAGGCGAGGAUGAAUUGGAGGCUGUCCCUCAAAAAGGUUCUUUUUACUCCACUGGGCACAUGGAUGAGGGCAGUAUUAACAAAGAAAAUAAUACAAAUACGUCCUCCUUUUCCAUUCCAAGAGGUGCUACUAUGCUGCAGAGUCUCACCCCAGAGAGCAGAAUUUCCCCUCAAGGUACCAUCCAUCAAAACCCCAUGGACUUUUCAGUCCAGCUUGAUGUACCACAUGUGGAACCAGACCCAGAACUGCAAGACCAUCUUGCUGCAGUUGAGAAAUCUGAUUUGAAUUCUUCAAAACAGACACACUGUGAUCACAACAUUGUAAUUUCUGAGCAUGUGGAAGUAAGUGGAACCCAAGAGAAUACUUUGGCAGAACGUGCUAGGAAAUGUGGAGUUUGUACUCAAGUGGAGAUGAAUCCGAGUCUCCCUGGUGAGCAAGAAUGGCGAAGUGAUUUCACAAGGCAGUCACUAUCAUUACACCCUGCUGUAAGUGACCGAUGUUUGGAGAAGGGAGAGAGCCAGAGAACAAGGUUCAUAAACUCGACAGAUCAGGCGCAUGUUUCAGAGUUUCAGUGCCAGGAGAAGAGGGGAAAAGAGAACCUUGGCAAUAUGGUGCAAUCAUUUCUUUCCCCUCACUACAAGCAAAAGAUUAGCAAGCCUCCUAAACCUUUAGAAAGUGGGCAAACCAGAGAGGGGCAACACUCUCAGCAUCAGUCCCUCCCUCAAACCAGCAGCGACAGUGACUCAUUGGCUCAGCCAGAGCAAAGCCCCCCUCCACCAUAUUGCAACUUCUUAAUAAUAGAUGACAAUCUAAUGCUGACUGAAAAUGACUUGCCCCAUCACCUUUCUAGCCUUCAUGUUUUGAAGGUUGAGGCUCAAAGCUUGCGGUCACAGGAUUCAAUAAAUCAAAAUAAAAUGGAGUUGAAAGGGCACUUGAAUGAGUCAAGUGUGAAUACAGUUGCCCCAGAACCUGACACAAUGAACCAAACAACAUGUUCUUCGGAGCGGCUGACAAGAGGAGAUGCCUGGGUAGCUGAAAAUGAGAUCAAAGAACAUGUAAAAGAAACUGUCCUGGUUAACAUGGAGGGAAAAGACAGCAGCCUUCAAGCAUUAGUAGGGACAGCAGAACAGAAAGACCCCAGAGUACUGGACAACACAGGCACAGCAUCCUGCAUAGAAACUCAGGUUCCCAAAAUCACUGUACAAUGUAACAUUACAGAGAAAAACUCCCCCUCUCUCACUGAGCAGCCCUUCAACCCUCGACCACUGUCGCCAGAAGGAGAGGUAGAAAUGGCUAUGGUACCCUUUCCUGCUUCAGCAGUGGGAGAGACAGCAGUUGAGGGGGAUGUAUGCUCAUCUGACAAAAUGGGGAGGAAAGACACUUAUUUCCUAGAUGCUUCCAGCAUCUCAAAGGACAGGAAGCAGUCCUCCACCUGUCUGUCUGGGGAGUUGUCCAGAGAGCAGACACAGUUAACCAUAAAAAGUGUUGAACGUGAUCCCAUAUCUGAGCUCCCUGUUGCCUUCCAAGGAAAGAAUAGAGAUGUAGAGUGUUAUGCUUCCCCAGUUCUCACAGACUGCUCCUUGCUCAAGCCUAAGGUUGCAGCCAUGGAGAAAGAAAAGCGUCAUGAACCCUUAGUCAUUGAGAGAACAGUGGCUGAAAAUGAGGUUAUAAAAUCUGAUCCUUCCCUUUCAUCUAGUGUUGUUGAUCCCAAGCUCCUCAUCUUAAAUUUGGCAGAUGCCCCCUUCCUCAAACAGUCGGCAACCCUUGAAGGUGGGAUGUCAAGUAACCCAUUGCCCCACCCAGUACCCCAGGUAACCCAUUCCCCAACCACAACAAGAAGUCACUCUAGUUGUGGGUCUGGCACAGAUUCUGUAGAGUGCCCUUCCAAAUCUGGUGUGUUGAAAGACUCUGGGCCUGAACCCAAAGUCACCUGCAGUGAUAACGUGCACGUUGGCCCUGCUAACCACAGUGAACCUGCAUCUGGCUGCUUGCCCUCUGUUCAAAACGUGCUUGUCCAGGCAUACUCGGCCCCUUCUCCUCUAAAACACCAUAAUCCCGAGGCUGUACCUGAAGUCAAAACAUCCCCAGGGAGUAUUUGCCGGGUAUCCCAAAAUCUAGACAUCUCCACCAUGGCCACAUCGGUCUUCCCGUUGUCAAUCCCUGCCUCGUCUGCAUUGGUGAGGAAUGUGCUGAGCAAUGUCAACACUGAGCUUAGCCAGCAUACCUUGCCCGAGGAAGACUUCCACUGUGGUCAGCCUUUCACAGACAUUUUAAAAUCAGAGAAACUGCAACAGUCGGCUCUUUCCCAAUUGUCUGUGAUAGAUACCCACUCUCCUGCCGAAGAGAGGCACAGUACAUCUAGUGGUAAAAAUGCUGACAGUGAAGAUGAAAUUUUGGGAAACACCCAGGCCUCUAGCUCUAGCUUUGUGACUCCCAGCCCAGCACAAAACAAGGUGUGUCAGUGGAGAGCAGACAGGAUUUUAGUAAACUCCUCACCUCCUCCUGCACCCUCUACCUCUGCUGCUCUCUCUCUACUCCCUCUGCCUUCUUCCUCACUCUGUGGUUGGUCCAGCCAGGUGGAAAGGGCUGUAUUCCCCCAGCGGGGCCCUCAUGGCAAAUUUAUCUCUCUGUCUGCCCGGGGCCAGGGAGGGACUCAGCAAUCAGACUUGGCCAACGCUUACCGUCCUCGCGCAGAGAGGCACACGGACAUGGCAGAGCUGGCCAAGCAUGAAGCUGAGAUCGAGCACCGCACCCUUGCACUGAAGCGAGAGGGCUUCUGGUCCCUGAAGCGCCUGUCCCGUGUGGCAGAGCCAGGACGUCCCAAAGUGCACUGGGACUACCUGUGUGAGGAGAUGCAGUGGCUGUCUGCUGACUUUGCACAAGAGAGGAGAUGGAAGAGAGGGGUAGCCCGGAAGGUGGUGCGGAUGGUGAUGCGACACCACGAGGAACAAAGGCAGAAAGAGGAGAAAGCCAAACGAGAGGAGCAGGCCAAACUGCGCAGGGUGGCCUCUUCAAUAGCAAAGGAGAUCAGGGCCUUCUGGAGCAGUGUGGAAAAGGUGGUGCAGUUUAAGCAGCAGUCUCGACUGGAGGAGAAGCGGAAGAAAGCGCUAGACCUCCAGUUGGACUUUAUUGUGGGCCAAACAGAGCGCUACUCUGACUUGCUUAGCCAGUCCCUGAGUGAGGCCAGUGUAGCGGUGCCCCCAACAGCCACCCUGCUUGCCAUCCCAGAACCAACAGGCUCAACGCCAAAAGGACAACACCAGCAGCUAACAGAUGAAGAUGAUGGAGACUUUGAACCUCUGUGUGAGGAAGAAGAUGAUGAGGAGACAAUUGAGGUGGAAGAGCAGCAAGAGGGAAAUGAUGCUGAAACACAGAAGAGAGAGAUUGAGUUGCUGAGGCAUGAAGGCACCCUACCACUGGAUCAACUGCUGCACACCCUGACAUUCACACAGGACACUCCAUCAGAUGAUGAAUGCUCAGAAGGCUCGUCCUCUGUCAUUGAGGAAGAGGAUGACGAAUUCACUGCUAAUGAAGAUGAUGCUGAGGAUGAAGAGGAGACAAUUGCAGCUCAGGAGGUGGUGGAAGGAGAGGCUGAUCACUCAGAAGAGCUUGGUGAUCUGGCCAGAGAAGGUGAAAUGACUCUGGAGGAGCUUUUGGAGAAGUACAGAGGAGCAUACGCUGAAGAUUUUGAAAUGCCUUCAGCAUCAGUUUCACCCACCAGCUCUGAGGAGGAGUCGGUCUGCUCUGGUGACAGGGACGAGGAGAGUGAGGGAGAGGACAGUGGUGGAGAAGGUAGCAGCUGUUCAGGCUCUUCAGCAAAUUUAGAAAGUGAUGAUGAAGGGGGAGAAGGGAUGGAGAUCCUCCUGAAGGGGGAAGACCGCAGUCCCCCUUGCCCUGCUACCCCACGGCCUAAGAAGGAAAUCAGCCACAUUGCUGCCACUGCUGAGAGCUUACAGCCCAAGGGCUAUACACUGGCCACCACACAGGUGAAGACACCGAUUCCCUUCCUUCUGCAUGGCACGCUGCGGGAGUAUCAGCACAUAGGCCUGGAUUGGCUGGUCACAAUGUAUGAGAAGAAGCUUAAUGGCAUCCUAGCUGAUGAGAUGGGGUUGGGAAAAACUAUCCAGACCAUAGCCCUACUGGCGCACCUUGCCUGUGAGAAAGGUAAUUGGGGACCUCAUCUGAUCAUCGUACCCACUAGUGUGAUGCUCAACUGGGAGAUGGAGUUAAAGCGCUGGUGUCCUAGUUUCAAGAUUCUCACUUACUAUGGCAGCCAAAAGGAGCGUAAACUCAAGAGACAGGGUUGGACCAAGCCCAAUGCCUUCCAUGUGUGCAUCACCUCCUAUAAGCUGGUAUUGCAAGACCAUCAGGCCUUCCGACGCAAGUCAUGGCGCUACCUUAUUCUGGAUGAGGCCCAAAACAUCAAGAACUUCAAGUCACAGCGCUGGCAGAGCUUACUGAACUUCAACAGUCAGAGGAGACUAUUGCUGACUGGUACACCCUUACAGAACAGUCUGAUGGAGCUGUGGUCCCUCAUGCACUUCCUCAUGCCCCACGUCUUCCAGUCACAUCGUGAGUUCAAGGAGUGGUUCUCCAACCCCCUCACUGGCAUGAUUGAAGGCAGCCAAGAGUACAACGAGGGCCUAGUUAAGAGGCUGCAUAAGGUCCUGCGGCCUUUUCUCCUCAGAAGAAUCAAGGCAGACGUGGAGAAGCAAAUGCCCAAGAAGUAUGAGCAUGUAGUGCGUUGCCGCCUCUCCAAAAGACAGCGCUUCCUUUAUGACGACUUCAUGGCACAAGCUUCGACUCGGGAGACUCUGGCCAGCGGACACUUCAUGUCAGUGAUAAAUAUCCUGAUGCAGCUGCGCAAAGUGUGUAACCAUCCUAAUCUGUUUGACCCCCGGCCUAUCCACUCGCCCUUCAUUACCCCUCCUAUUCUCUUUUCCACCGCCUCCCUUGUGCAACAGGCUCUUGACACAUCUCCUUUCAAGUGCUGUGACCUGUCCAUGUUUGACUUGGUGGGCCUGGAGGGACGUGUUUCCAGGUAUCAGGCAGACGUUUUUCUACCUCGUAGGAAGGUAACGCCUAGGCUGGUACAUGAGAUCAUGGACUCCCCUGACCCACCACCGCGACCUAAACCCGUUCGCAUGAAGGUUAACAGGAUGUUCCAGCCUUUACCCAAGACAGAUGGACGUGCAGUGUUGCUUGUUAACAGCCCCAGACCCCCCUGUCCUGAUCACAGUGCUUCUCCUGCCCUUCGAUCUACAUUGGUCAUGGACACAGCUCCACCAGCCACACCUAUUCAACCAGUUCCACAGGUUUCUGUAUCCAGCAUUCCUGCUGCAGUUACAGUUGCUGGAUCAGGAACAGCAGUGCGGCAAGGAGCACCUGUACCUGUUAUGAGUGUGCGCCCCCCUUCUGCCUCCAGCGCUGCCCCUCUGCCAGCCUUUACCCCUCCACCCAGCAGCACCAUGACCCAGAGGGUUCUGCUGAGCCCAGACAUGCAAGCCCGUUUGCCCUCUGGGGAGGUGGUCAGUAUUGCUCAGCUGGCAUCCCUAGCAGGCCGCCCUGUGUCGUCCUGCCAAGGCAGUAAGCCUGUCACCUUCCAGCUGCAGGGCAACAAGCUAACACUUUCUGGUGCCCAGCUCCACCAGGUCACCAUGGCCCAAUCCCGUCCUAUUCAGGGAAAUCUUGUGCAUCUGUUGUCCAGUGGAGGACAGCACCACCUGAUCAGCCAACCAACACAGGUAGCAGUGAUUCAGACAGUCAGUCAAGGAGGGGGUAGCACAGUCAACACUCAUCCCACCACAGCACCCCCCGGGCCCCCUGGAUUAACGCUGCCUCUCAACCCUACACAAGUGCCGUCCUCCAUGGUGCCCAGUCCUGGGAUUGUAAAGAUAGUUGUGCGCCAGUCAACUGGGAAGGAAGGAGGGGCAGUCCCCACAGUGGCUGUGCCACCAUCUCCCCGUGUGCCCUCUGUGUCCUCCUCUGCCUUUCCUCCUCACGCCAACACAACCUCCUCUCUCCGACCUCCUGUUCCUAUACAGUGUCCUGCCAGCCACACUGCUCCUCCUCAGACUGAGCUUCCCCGUCCAGUGCUAAGGGUAGUGCAAGGGUCAGGACUUAGCUCUGACCAAGCCCGACUGAGUGCAGCUCCUGGGCGUGAAGAUAGCAGUGAUGUUGUCACCCUGCGUAUGGCAGCACCUCCCAACUUGGGUUCCCUCACUGGAGGGCUUGCUUCUCCCAGAGCUCGAACGCAGCCUCCCCCACCUCCACGCUCUCCCUUCUAUAUGACAUGGCUGGCAGACCGGCGCAAGUUACAGCGUGAAUGGCGCCUUGCCCGGAUCCUGCGAAUCAAUGAGCAGCAUUGCAGUGCCAAGCCUGUGUAUGGCCGUGAGGUCCUGGACUUCCUCACUUUUCUCCCUGGCACUUCCCCAUCUCCUGCUCCUAAAAACUGGGCCAAUUCAGGACACACCCACUGCUUGUCUGCUCAAUCACAUGUCCAUGGGGCCUUUUGGGUACAGAGUGAGGUGCUUAGAAAGGCUAUUUACUCAACAGAGGAAAGGUUACAGCAGCUGAGUGGUGUCAUAGACAGAUACAUCUUUGUUAUCCCACCUGUGGAGGCACCACCCAUUACCAUGCACAGCUGUCAUCCACCUCCCUGGCUGAGCCACCAGCAAGCUGUUUUCUCCUCAGCCCUCACCUCCAAAUUGUCAAGCCUUACAGGAUGCUUGCACCGGAUCCAGUGCAACAUGAGGACCCACUUCCCUGACCUCAGACUAAUCCAGUAUGACUGUGGUAAGCUGCAGACGCUGCACUCCCUGCUGCGGAGGCUGAAAGCUGAGGGCCAUCGUGUGCUGAUCUUCACCCAGAUGACCCGAAUGCUUGAUGUGCUGGAGCAGUUCCUAAAUUAUCAUGGACAUAUCUAUUUGAGGUUGGAUGGCAGCACCAGAGUGGAGCAGAGACAGGCUCUAAUGGAGCGUUUCAAUGCUGACCGGCGGAUCUUCUGCUUCAUCUUAUCAACGCGUAGCGGUGGGGUGGGGGUCAAUUUGACAGGAGCCGACACUGUGGUUUUUUAUGACAGUGACUGGAAUCCUACUAUGGACGCCCAAGCCCAGGACCGCUGCCAUCGCAUUGGACAGACCAGAGAUGUUCACAUUUACAGGCUGAUUAGUGAGCGCACAGUGGAGGAGAACAUCCUGAAAAAAGCCAACCAGAAGAGGAUGCUUGGAGACAUGGCCAUUGAGGGAGGCAACUUCACCACCGCCUUCUUCAAACAGCAAACAAUCAGAGAGCUGUUCGAUGUGUCAGAGGUGGAAAGAAAGGAUGUGGAACUGAGCCUGCCUUCCCGGCCAGAGGAAGAGGAAACAUUCAGUAAACAGCACACCACCAUUCUGGAGCAGGCGCUAUGUCGUGCUGAGGAUGAGGAGGAUAUUGUGGCUGCUUCCCAGGCUAAAGCAGAGCAGGUGGCUGAACUGGCUGAAUUCAAUGAAAGCAUCCCAUUUGAGGAGGCUGGUGAAGGGAUGGUACGAGAGCAGGAGGAGGAGGAGCUGUCCAAGGCUGAGCAAGAAAUAGCUGCCCUUGUUGAGCAGCUUACUCCUAUAGAACGCUAUGCCAUGAAUUUCUUGGAGGCAUCACUGGAAGAUGUUUGCAAGGAGGAGUUGAAACAGGCAGAGGAGCAGGUUGAAGCAGCCAGGAAGGGUCUUGACCAGGCAAAGGAAGAGGUUCUCAAAUUGCCAGCAACUUCGGAUAAUGAUGAUGAGUCUUGUCUGCUUCCUCCUUCUGAGGAACCCCUACAUCCCACGCCCAACCGUCGGCCCCGAAAACACAAGGAAAAGGGGGCACCCUCCACUCGGGCUAGUGGGAGGCUCAGAGGAGUGACAGUGACACCUGGUGGAGAACCUCAUUUAACCCUAACUUUUGCACCAGUUGAGCAGGAUAAGGAAAAAGGAGCAGUGCUGGCCAACCUGGAACAAGAUUUGCCUACUGUUCCCCUCUCCCCUUCUGCACAUGUUCCUCAGCAUCACCUUUGUCAUGCUGCUCCUGGCUCUAUCAAGGCCAAGCAGGACAUCCUCCUGCCGCAACUGUUCACAGUGAGAGAAGUGCCUGAAAGUGUCAGCUGUGCUCUGCAAGGUGAAGAAACAACCAAAGAUUUCUGUGCAUCAACCAAACCCUCUCCUGCCCUAAUAGAGCAAGCUAAAUUAACAUCCCGUUUUCCAAGGGUUGUGGAACCAGCAAAGCCUAUCUUGGUUUGCCCUUCCUCCAGUUCAGAUGUAACCUUGGAAUCCCAUUUAGCACCUUUUCCUACAUCAUCCCUGCCUCCUUCCAGUUUAGUGCCUUUCACUGCCACUACUCCCAUGACUGAAAAUGCUAUACAAACCCCUUUAGCCUCCUCCUCUUAUCAUUCUCUAAGUGGAGAGGGCCAGAUAGGAGAGACUCAGUCAGAUUCUCCUAAAGCCCCAAAGGACACUUUUCCUGAGACUUCCUUUGUGGGAAAUGAGCAGGGAGAUUUCAGAGGUGUUCUAUCUACAGAAAGUGGCUUGAUUGUUUGUGCUCCUAAACUUCAGUGUGAUUCUACCUUCACCCAACAUUAUGAUGACACACCACACACCCCCAACCCAGGCCAAGAGCAGCAGACUGGGCAGUCUUUCAUGCAUUCCUCUCACCCACUGAUUCUCUGUAACCUUUCCCGUUCUCCUCGCAAGCGUCAGUCUGCUGAUGGGGAAGUCCUGAGUGGCCUUCCUGAAGACUCCCCCUCUGCCAAAGUCCUCCGCAAACUGCCAGGCCGCCUCGUCACGGUGGUUGAAGACAAGGAGCCAAGGAAAAGAAAAAGGGGUUCAAGCGGAGGAGGGUCAUCAGGCAGUGGGCAGCCAGAUGUAGGAGUUGAAAUGACAAGUUCAGCAGAUGAACCCAGCAGAAGAUCAGUGCCUCAGACUCCAGGCAAAGCCAGCAUUGCUCAAAAGGAGAAAACAGUCUCUCAAAUCUCACUUUCAACAACAUCACCUCUACGUCAGAUAGCCCAAGAUCAAAACUCCCCCUCAACUUCCCCUAGUAGGGCUGCAGGUGUUUCCCCCUAUUCCCCCUCUCAUCACACUCCAGACAUGCCUGUCUUGAGGAACUUGCCUGUGCGACGACGUUUGGAGACUGAGUCGCGCAUGGCAGCGCAACUGGGAGAGCAGCUACAAGGAAGGGGGAAAACUAGAGGAGGGGAGAGGAGGGCCAGUUUGUCCCCGAGCUUCCCCCAGAAAUUGGACACCAAACUGGAAGGAAGCGGGGGUCCUUUAGCCUCUGCUCACACUUACACUUAUGCCAUAUCUAAUAUGAAUACAACUCCUCCAGGGAAGCGCAAGAGAGGCCGUCCACCCAAAACUCCCCCCAGAGUACCAGAUUCUCCCACAGAGCAGAUGUCCCCUCCUCUGUCCAUGGAGGAAAGAACUGGCAGUAUAGAGGAGAGCCCCUCCUCAUCACCCAAACGCAAGAGGGGUCGCCCUCGCAAAGACUCUGCAAAAGCACAUGAGCCCAUUUGGGUGGGACAAGUUGAUAUGGACCCCCCUAUCUCCUCACCCCCUGCUAGUCCAUUGAGUUCACAUUCAGACAGAGCUACUCCAAAAACAGAUGUGCACAGUGGUAGCACAGGGCCUGUUUUUCUGUCCUCCCUCCUGAACAGUGAUUACCCCAAACAAAGUGGAACUCUUAUAGAAGCCAGUCCAAACUCUGUGUCUAACCAAGCUGUAGAUCCCACUUUUCAGUCAAGUCUAACCUCUAGCCCAGCUCUCACCUCCACUCACUUCACAUCCUGUACUCUUCAGGCUGGUAGGUUGGAAAUUGAAGCAGGUGUUAUACAGCCAGAAGAGAACAGUCAAGUAAUCAAAGAUGGGGAAACUGCAACAGAUGGGGAGAUACCAAGAGGAGGUGAGCCCACAAAGCAAAGAAAUACUGAAGAUCAUGAGCAGAGGAGAAAGGAGGUCGAGGGUGGAGAUGAACAAGAUCGUCCAUCUCAGCCUAAAAAGAGGAAAAUUGUCACAUGCACAUCCACAUCUGUGAACCAAAUCGAUGCCUCUCCAGCUACAUGUAAGGUGAACCACACCACUCUUCAACAUGAGGGGGCUGACAGGCAAGUGAGAGAGGAUGUGGACACUGAUGGGGAGAGCAGGCGCUCUACCCAGAGGAGAACCAGCAUUCGACAGAGCAGCCAAGAUUCUACUCACUCUUCCUCCCUCUCCUCAGUUUCCUCACAUUCCACCUCAUCUUUUGCCAGAAAGGCUGGAGCAAGUAUGGUAAGUGUAAAGACAAAACAAGAGAAAGUAAAUUCCAAUACAGAGGAGGAGGGGGAGAAUGCUGACGAGGUGUCUAAUUUACCUCACUUGAGGUGUUCAGAGUCAGCUGGUUCCCCUCCACUGUUUUCAGCACCUCCACAAUGCUCCACCUCUUCCUCAGACUCUGAUGAAUCUGGUGGUAAAAGGGAGAGGCGUCUCACCCGAGCUGCCCAGAGGAAGCUAGAAGGAGCAGGAGAGACUGAAGAACCUGAAGGGGCAUGGGCUAAAGAUAACAACAAAAGGAAGCGAACGUCAGCAAGGAGUUCAACUAUAACAGAUCAUUUGACACAUAACACCAUCACAGUAACCGGAGCAGAGUCUGGCAUUGAUGUGUCUGUAAGGAUCGCCAGAAAAUCUUCAAGUCCUCAGUCAGCCCCUGAAUGCAGACCACAAUCUAGCACCACCACUUUCCACUGUCCAUCAUCUGCUGUUUCAGAAGUUCUGGGGAAAAGAUGUUCAGCCCUUAAUGCUGCUGCCAAACUUCUAGCCAUGCGGGGCAGACGAGUGGAUAGGAGAGGAAGGGGAGGGGGGCUAGGUAGUGCUCCAUCCUCCAUGGUUGAAAGGAGUAAGACAGGAGGGAGACUGGUACGGGAUUCCUCUCAUCUGAACUCUAGCACUAGUAGAGCAGAGAGCAGCAGACAGGUGCCCACACGGUCCCACCUCACUGCCUCUCGUUCUACCCGCCAGCGGCCAGGCUGCUUAGUUCCCCCCUUAGAAACCGAGACUAAGAGAAGCAAGAAAGCAAUGAAAAAGGCUGCACGGAAAGAAGGGGAGGGGAGGACCAGUGGUUCUCCCAGGGGCUACAGUGCAAGCAGCAGCGUGAGUAGUGAAGCUGGGGAGGGUAGCAGUAGGAGCCGGAGUAGCAGCAUCAGCAGCCAGCAUACCCACAGUCUCAGUUCCCAAAGCACUGGCCCCCCCUGCUCCCACUCCCGUGCCCCAUCAUCUUGUAGUGACCAGGAGAGGAGCCGGGAAAGUGGAGACAGAGUUGGGGAGAAGAUGGAUCAGAGGGAAAGAGUAGAGAGGGGGAGAAAAAGUCGGAAAGAGAGGUGGAGGCACCAGGACUCUGCUACUGUGUCACAAAUCCGGGGACCAGAGUUAAGUACUGGUUUUAAUGAAGGGACACCUGACAGAGUGCUGCGUAGUGUGGCGGCUCUGGCAGCUGCUCAAGCCCGAACCCCAGCCAGCAACACUCGCUCCUCUUCCACUUGUCACCAUCAGCAACACCCCCAUGCUCGUCGCACCAAGACCUGAAGAGCAAAGAAGAGGGAGAGAAGGUAGCUAACAGAUAAGAAGAGGUAGACAGGAAUUCAGGUCAGAAGCUUUCAAAGAAGGGAAAUGAGACCACUAACCAUUCACUCUGUGAACUCUGACACAGGCUUAAAUAAGGACAGGAAGGUAGAUUGGUCAUGCAGGAUUCUGAAAACUAAUCUCACCUCCCUCUGAAAUGGUGUGCAUCUCCCUCUCCUGUGCUGCUUCAGCAUGAGUACUUCUGUGCAAGCACGAAACCAGGAACAUAAAAUGGUGAGUUAAGAGGAACUGUUCUCUGGACAGCUGACGCAGAGAGAGGAACUUGAGGAUAUUGUUAUUGUCCGCAUUCAGUAGAGAGACUUUGAGCUCUAUGAGCCACUGGAGCUUUCAGUUUAUACAGGACAGUGUUGACUGUGCUGAAAGGAUACACAAACUGAGAUGAGACAGUGGGUUGGAGGUGUUACUUUAGACAAUGUACUGUAAACCAAUAAAAGAAGACUGAAGAGUAUAUGUUUUUGACCCAUAAAGUCAAAUUGUAUCCUUAAUAUUGUGAUCACCUGUGCAGAAGUUAUUGAUGAAAGUUUGAUUGUUAUGCACAAGUCAUAAAACGAUUGUGAGUUGGGGGGGCGGGGGGAGGGGUUAUGUAAGUUUAAGGUUUUAGUCAGGUUUUUGACUUUUUGUCAGAUGUAAUGUUUUUUUUUUGUGCUUCAGAUCUGCUAAUUCAGUUUAUACCUUGGAAAAAGGAAGAGAGUGAGUCUGUGAAUUUAUUCUUUACUGCACUAUGCUGGAGUUACUUACUAUGCUUGGACCUCCCAGUCUUGUCAUUUUCUGUCUUUUUGACACUAGCAUUAUACAUGUGCACAACUGACAAAUUGUCCUCACCAUUUGCUUCUAUUUUUCUCUGUCAAAUACUUUUAUCAUAGUGCACUUUUUUCUUCAGGGUUAAGUGUAUGCACAUACAUUUGCAUCUUUUCCAAAGCACCAGCCAAUUUAUUCUAAAAUGUCUGAAUGAAACUGAAUUAAACUGAUGACUGUUUUCUGGAUGUUUGUAAAGUUUAAGAAAAUGCCUAUUGGGCUGUGAGAGUCGUCUCAGUUAAAUGAUCAGUAAAUUCCUACAGUCCCACAGUGUUUCAAAAUUCCAAACAGUUGUAAGUUAGAACUUCACUCUACCAUACUCUGGCAUUUCCCUCAUUUUAAUCAAUGCAAGGGCUUGGGCAAGAGGUCAUGGAGUGAAUUUGAUAAAUGAAAGGUCAGUUUGCUUUUGGGGCAUGCCUUGCUUCUGUGAAUGUUUUUGAAGAAGGCUCAUUUUUGAUGGAAAGGGUGAAGUGGUGGGGGUCUUAUUUUACUUAUACUUUUCAGUUGCUACAUUCCUGUGUUCUCUUGUAAUUCCACAUUAUUUUACUUGAACAAUUAAAAAUAUAAAGGCAGUUGAAUAAAA